AGUUUAUCUAGAUUGGGUUAAAUAUCAUUUUUCUUUCUUUAUAUUCUUUUCUUCACCUUUGUUGACAAGUGGCAGGCAUGUUAGUUCCCACUUUUACUACCAAAACCUCUGUUUUUCUCUUGGGUCAGUCUGCCAGAAGCUCUGAGUUGGUGAAGAUUCUUGGCAUGGCAAGCCGGAGGAAUUGUACUAUUGUCAUAUGAUGUUUGUAUGUUGUUACAUAAUACAGAUGCAACUUAGUUGAAGAUUGUGUCUUCUAUUGUGAUCAGCCAAGGCUCAUCAACUAAGUCCUGUCAGCUCCAUAAUUACUUUCUUCAUCAGCUAAACAUCAUUUUGCAUUCUGGGUUGCUUUCUUUUUGGGAUUCUUGAUCCAAUGGAAGUGGGAAAAGAAGCUUCUGUUUUUUGUUAUGUCGUUUUAUUCAGCUUCUUGGCUUGUUCAAACGCUUGGCUUUCUCCUGACGGUGUUAAUCCAGAAGUGGCUGCUUUGAUGGAUAUUAAGGACCUUCUGAAAGAUCCUCACGGUGUUCUAAACUGGGAUAGAAAUGCAGUUGAUCCAUGCAGCUGGUCUAUGAUUACCUGUUCACGUGAUACUUUUGUCAUUGCCCUAGCAGCUCCAAGCCAAAGUUUGUCUGGCUUGAUUUCUCCUAGCAUCAGGAACUUAACCCACCUUCAGACUCUGCUUCUGCAGAACAACAACUUAUCAGGACCUAUCCCCUCUGAGCUGGGAAGGCUCCCAAAACUUCAGACAAUUGAUAUUUCUGAUAAUCUGCUCACUGGGGAAAUUCCUCCUUCUCUAGCUCAACUGAAAAGUCUCCAAUACCUGAGGGUAAACAAUAACAGUCUCACAGGAGCUAUUCCUUUGUCAUUGAUGAAUAUGACUCAGCUGACAUUUCUAGACUUUUCUUUCAAUAAUUUGAGUGGUCCUGUACCAAAGCUGCCUGCUAAAACAUUCAACAUUUUGGGAAAUCCAAUGAUAUGUCCAACUGGGAAGGAGCCAGAAUGCAAUGGGACAGCUCCGAUGCCUCUAUCCUUGCCUUUAAAUAACUCCCAAAGUCUUCAGCCUGCAGUUAAACCUAAAAGUAACAGAGUUGCCUUAGCCUUUGGAACAAGUCUUGGAUGCAUCUGCCUGCUAAUUAUUGGAUUUGGUUUCUUUCUGUGGUGGAGACAAAAGCACAGUCAGCAGAUAUUCUUUGAUGUUAAUGAACAACACCAUGAAGAAGUGUGCCUAGGAAACUUGAGGAGAUUCCAAUUUAGAGAACUUCAGGUGGCCACAAACAACUUCAGCAGCAAAAACAUUCUUGGAAAAGGUGGUUUCGGGAAUGUCUACAAAGGCUAUCUCCAAGAUGGAACAAUUGUAGCAGUCAAAAGGCUAAAAGAUGGCAAUGCCAUUGGUGGAGAUAUUCAAUUCCAGACUGAAGUUGAGAUGAUUAGCCUUGCAGUUCAUAGGAACUUGCUCCGACUCUACGGAUUUUGCAUAACACCAACUGAAAGACUCCUGGUGUAUCCCUUCAUGUCUAAUGGAAGUGUUGCCUCACGUCUUAAAGCCAAACCGCCCUUGGAUUGGGGUACAAGGAAAAGAAUUGCACUGGGUGCUGCAAGGGGAUUGCUGUACCUGCAUGAGCAAUGCGAUCCCAAGAUUAUUCACAGAGAUGUGAAGGCUGCAAACAUAUUGCUGGAUGAUUACUGUGAGGCAGUUGUAGGAGACUUUGGACUGGCAAAGCUCUUGGACCAUCGCGACUCACACGUCACAACAGCUGUAAGGGGCACAGUAGGGCAUAUAGCUCCUGAAUAUCUCUCGACAGGCCAGUCAUCAGAGAAAACAGAUGUCUUUGGGUUUGGAAUUCUUCUGUUAGAAUUGAUCACCGGACAGAGGGCUUUAGAAUUCGGCAAAGCAGCAAAUCAGAAAGGAGCAAUGCUGGAUUGGGUUAAAAAAAUUCACCAAGAAAAGAAGCUUGAGUUGCUAGUUGACAAGGACCUGAAAAACACCUAUGACAGGAUUGAGCUAGAGGAAAUGGCACAAGUGGCUUUAUUGUGCACCCAAUAUCUUCCUAGCCACAGACCUAAAAUGUCUGAAGUGGUUCGGAUGCUAGAAGGCGAUGGACUUGCGGAAAAGUGGGAAGCCUCUCAAAGAGCUGAGGCUACAAGAUGCAGAGCCAAUGAAUUCUCAUCUUCUGAAAGAUAUUCUGAUCUAACAGAUGACUCUUCAUUGCUUGUCCAAGCAAUGGAACUCUCGGGACCCAGGUGACAUCUUCCUCAAAGAGGAAAAGAAAAGCUCCAAGUACAUGAAAAGCACGAAACGUCAGAGAAAAGACUGACGUGCAACCAACCUGUGUAUAGACUUCAUAAGCCAGAAGAAAGCUCGACGAUGAAGUAAUGCCUUAUGCAACCAUGACUGUAUAGUUCUAUCUGAGAAACUUGCUUUUUGACCGUAAGUUGUAUGGGCAUUUUUCUUCCGUUUUUAUUCUUUUUCUUCUUCUUUUGGUUUUCUUAUUGGUUUCUAGAUUGAUUGGGAAUUUUCAAGGGAUUGUGCAAUAAAUGUGCUUUGUUAAUCGGAUUGAGUUAAUAUAUGCUUCUUGCUGUGAA